CGGAUCUCGUACCCACCCCGCUCCCAUGCCCCCACACGCUCGCCUCUUCUCCCUCCCUCUCCCGGCAUCCGCAUCCCGCUCGCUUCUCCCGCGGCCAGCCCCCCUUUCUAACCCUAGCCCCCCGACUUAAGUGGCCCUCCUGGCGGCGGCGGCGGCGGAUCGGACCCAGGCUCCGGCGCGAGCCCUCCGUGGUGGUGAGGGUCGUGUUCGAGCGAUUUGUUGCGCUCCUGCUGGCGGAAUUUCUGAGUGAUUUCAGUGUUAUAUUGGGACUGCCAGCAUGUUAUCCAUCAAUUUCUAAUCACAUGGAUGAACUUUGAAGAUUUGUUUAAUUGGUUGUAUAUAAGGGGUGUCAACUUAUUUUCUGCAAUAAAGUAUGGGAGCUAAUUGCUGCAUAGCUGCCAAGGAAAGAGCACAGCCAUGUAUGACUCCAAUUGAAGUUUCAACAUACAGGGUAAGACACUCGCCGUCAUGGAGCUUCCGGUGGGACAACCGUACACACAUAGAGGAUAUAAUGGAGAAUACUAUGGUGUUCCCAAGUAAUGAAAAUGUUCAGCCAGAAGUGAAGAAUGGUUUUAUUGCACCAACUGAAGGCCAUAACAGUGGGGAUAGCCGUUCUGAUGUGUUCCGCAGGGUCAAGUGGCAAAAAUCUGAUAAAAAGAUGGAAGUGUCCUCAAAAGUUGAUCCUGGAGCAGAUCAAUCUACUGUAAAUGAUUUACCCCCUGCGGCAAAGUCUUGUAAAUCCCCCAGCAUAGUAACUGUUUCUUCAGAUGCAAAGCAAUUGAAGUCUCAUCCUUCAACAACAACCCAUGUACUGCAAGAAGAUUCAGAAGGUCCUUCAUCCUCUCUGAGUCAUUCUAUUCGCAUGGACCCAAAUUCAACAAGGAAAUCACUUCGGUCACCUGGUGGUCAACUGUAUACACAGAUCUCAGAUGGAAGGAAUCCAUCCCACAAACCUCUUGGUGAAAACAGCUCUGCAGAAAGAAGGAUAUCAAACUCCAUGCUUUCUGCCUUUAGCGAUGAUAUGUUUGCAGGGCAAUCACAAGGUGAGACAUCUGAUGAGCGGUCAACUCGCACACCUUCUGAAUUGGUGGCUAUAUCUCGAGGAGAUAGGUGGUCUGUUGAUAAUGGACUCUUUGGCCCCAUUACUAGUAAAGGAUCAUUUUCAAAUGCUUCCACUGCCCUCUCCCCAGAUCAAGAGGUAUGCAGGCUAUGUUCAAGGCUAUUAAAGGAGCGAUCUUCAUGGAACGGUCAUGAGCUGGCAGUAGUUGCUGUUUUAUUCUGUGGUCAUGCAUACCAUGCAAAUUGUUUAGAUAGUAUUACUGCAGAAAGUGAGAAAUAUGAUCCUUCUUGUCCUUUAUGCACCCAUGGUGAGACAAUUACAGAAAAACUAUUUGGAAAGACUGAACUAAAGGUUAUGAACAAGGCAUCAAAAAAUAUGGCUGAUAAUGAUCUUGAUCGGAGCUCUAAGCACCAGAAGAAAGUUAAGAGAGAACCCAGAUUGGUUACUAGUUCUAGCAUGAAGGACACAUUUAGUCGGCCAUUUUUGAGGAGGCAUUUCUCCACUGGUUCGCGACCACCAACACCAGUUUUGGGCAGUGAACCAACAAGAAAGAAGGGCUUCUGGUCAAGGAAUAGGAGAGAGUAGCCAGCUUGACGUCACUGAUGUGGGCAUGCAUGCUGGUCUUAGCUCAUGGUCGAGCAAGAAUGAUUUAGUGAAGUUGGAACAGGUGCAAGGGGUUUUGCUGUGGAGCUGGCUCUACCAUCUAGAUGAUUCUGCACUAUUCGUUGAAGCACUCAUUGUGCUAGCACAAAUGUAGUGUGUAAAAUGUCGUUUAGUAUGCAAGUAUGCAGCCAAGGGUUGCGUUCUUGCGGAUGUCAGUCAUAGUCACAUAGUAUAAUAGAACAGAAAAGGCGUAUAAUUUCCGGGACGAAAGGUGUCAUUCUGGGUUGAAAGGUUGAAAUCCGGCAUGAUAUAUGAUUUUCGUCAAACCUUCCAUUUGUAAUAUUUAUUAUUUUUGGAUUACAAACUUAAUCUGAAAACCGUAGCACAUAGAUAGUAUCUAACACAUCAAAUAAGUAAAUUAUAUUAUUUUAUAUUGUA